AUGCCGAAUCGUGAGCAUACGGCAUUCAUUACCGACAGAGGGCUUUAUUGCUACAACGUCAUGCCGUUCGGCCUAAAGAAUGUUGGAGCUACAUACCAGCGACUGGUCAACAAAAUCUUUGCCGAACUCAUUGGCACUUCAAUGGAAGUCUACGUAGACGAUAUGCUAGUCAAAAGUUGGACUGCCGGUGAUCACUUUCAAAACAUCUUACUCAUGUUUGGCAAGUUGAAAAAAUACAACAUGCGUCUGAACCCGAGGAAGUGCUCCUUCGGCGUCUCUUCCGGCAAAUUCCUGGGCUUCAUGAUCAGCCAAAGGGGGAUUGAAGCCAACCUCGAGAAGAUCCGAGCGCUCAUCGACAUGCGGGUGCCAAGGACGAAGAAGGAGGUUCAGAGCCUCACCGGCCGAGUCGCCGCCUUGGCCCGUUUCAUAUCAAAGGCCAUCGUCCGGUGCGCUCCUUUCUUCAAUUCUCUCAAAGGGAGCAAACGGCAAGUCGAUUGGACUUCUGAAUGCGACCGAGCGUUCGAAGAUCUGAAAGCCUACAUGAGCAGAGCUCCUCUGCUGUCCACCCUUUUUUCCCGGAGAAGACCUCACCAUCUAUCUCUUGCCCUGAGUUCCGUACUCAUCCGUCGACCGAACGGCAUUGAGCUCCCCAUCUUUUAUAUGAGCCAUGCAUUACAGGACGCAGAACAACGGUACCCCUAA